CCACUUCCGGACUCACUGCUUCCCGGUCACUUGUGUGAAGAACACUUUCUUUUCUGCGCGCAAGCGUCGUUGCCCUGUCUUGAAGGAGGACUCGUCGAUUUGUGGUAUUAUACUGCACACAUGUGACGCCCAAACCGGUGCGGCUCUCACAUGUUCAAUACAGUUCGAGCAAGACGGCAAGCAAGACAGCCCCGCGUGACGACAAAAUUCCUCAUGAUCGAAUGCUUUUAUUGACACUUGCCAAUAACAAUUCAUAAUGGAGCUGUUUCUCGUCAAAGCCGGUGACACACUUUAGAACCAAUUAUACAAAGUUCAUGAACUCUCUAGGCGUCAAGAGCGAUACAGCCAUUCAUCCACUGAUUAUUUGGCCUGCCUUGAGGCCCAACCGAUGGGGGAUGAGGCAGCCGCGGGACCUGGUGGCGACCACCAGCAGCACGGCUGGAGCGUCGGCGAUUUUGCUUGGGACCGAAGGCGUCUCGUUGCCUUGAACGUGGGAGGUGGCGGGCCAUCGUCGGGAGGCCCGGCUGCCGGCGGUGGACCCGCUGCGGCGGGUGCCAGUGGCGGGGCUGCGCUGGCUGCCGGGCACGAUGACGAUCCUGAAGAGCAAAUGGAUGAAGGCGAUGAGCGAGACGGAGCAGCUACAGCAGGCCGGCAGUCCGGUGAAACCUGCAUGGUCAAGGACUGCCCUGCUGCGGACCUGUCACAAGGCAAGGCCUACUACCGGCGGUUCCGGAUCUGCGAGAAGCACCUCAAAACACUGUCUCUGUGCAUCGAGGGGAAGCCCAGCCGCUUCUGCCAACAGUGCGGUCGCUUCCAUGUUGUCGAGGAAUUUGAGGGCACCAAAAGGAGCUGCCGGAGAGCGCUGCUGACGCGGUUCUACAAACGUCGUAACUUGCCUGUUCCCGCCAACGCGCUGCCGGCCCCGCAAGACCCGUCGCCAGCUGCUGCCAAACCGCCAGGGGCUGCAGCAGCAGAGCCUCGGGACACGGGCGCAAAGUCCAAGAGCAAGGUCCGGUCAUCAUCAUCAGCACUGAGCGGUGGCGGGCCAGAUGCGGCUGAUGGUGACACUAGCCAACAGCAGCAGCAGCGGCGAAAGCGCGGGAGGCCGCGUGCCCCGCCAAUGGAUGUUCGGGAUCUAGCACCAGCAGACGAGGCUGCAGCAGGAGAGGUUAUGGACGCCGGCGUGCGUGGUGUACGCGCGGGUGGUGCUGGCGGCGGCGGCUUGGGUGGCGGCGGCUUCGGUGGCAGCGGCGGUGGCAGCGGCGGUGGCAGCGGUGGUGGUGGCCUGCUGCCUCAUCACCGCCGGUCGGAGGGCUCGAACAGCCCGAGCAGCAGCAUGAGCGGCGGCAGCGAGGUAGCGGCUGCCGGCAUGGGGGCGGCUGCGGCAGCCGCCGCGCCCAGGCGGAGUGCGGUGGAGGCCGCCGCCGCAGCGGGCACCAGCGGCAGCAGCAGAGCACACCGGGGCGCCGGCCAAGCGGCCUUGAUGCCGACGGGGGCAGCAAUACCAUCGUCCAUUGACGGCGCUGGUGUUGCUGCUGCUGCUGCAGUUGGCGUGGCCAGCAACUUGGAUCCAACUAUGGAUCUCCGGGCUGCUGCUGCAGCGGUGACAGGGGGCAUCGCUGGGAUCGCCGGCGCCGCUGGUAUGCCGCCGUACAUGCGGUAUCGCACGACGGUAUUGCAGCAAGCCCAGCCGCAACAGCAGUCCAUGCAUCAAGAGCAGCAGCAAUUGCUGCAACAGCAAAUGCAGCAGCAACCCGGUACUUUGAGGCUGCUUCAGCACCAGCAGCAGCAGGCUGCUACUGGCGGCCAUUCCAGCAGCGGCAGGGGCGGCGGUGCCGUGGGUGCUGCCGGAGUUAUGCUCCUGCCUGCUGCUGCUGCAGGGGUUGCAGGCGGCAGUCCCGACGCUGCUGCCUCUGGUGCUGGCUUGGCAUCGGGCACAGCAGCAGCCGACAUGGGCGUUGGCCUCUGGUCGUCCGGGAGCAGCGGGCGCGGCGGCAUCGCUGGCGGCGACUCGUCAACGUCUGUUGCGGAGCAAGCAAUUUUGUUGGAACUGCUACAGCAUCAAAGACAGCAGCAACAGCAGCAAGAUGCUUCGAUCCUGCGGCAAGCAGGCUUUGGCGGCGGCCUAGGCAGCGGUGCAUUUGCCCGUGGCAGCGUUGGUACAGGCCCAGCAGGGGUACAGCCGGAGAGGAACGGGGCGGCGAACCCGCUGCAACGGCAGCAGCAACUGAUGACUGCAGCAGGCGCGGACCCGGCUCUCAGCCAACACCUCUUUAGCCAGCAGCUGCAGCAGUCCUCCAGCGCCUUCCCAACCAUGGACGAAGGCGGCGGCGCCACGCGGAGACUCCUGCUGUCCGCCUCCUCCUCACAUGCUGCUUCUGCAUCUGCUGGCGGCAGCGACGGCUCGGGCGGGCUCCGGGCCGCCCUGCUGCCAGGCGGCGACAGCAGCCUAAGCCGCCUGCAGCGGCACAUCAUGCUGCUGCAUCAGCAUCCCAGCGACGCCGCCAAGUCAGCAGCAGCAGCCGGAGCCGCGUCUGGUGCCGCCGCAAACAGCGGCAGCUAUAGCAGGUGGCUGACACAACAGCGGCAAGACGCGAAUAUGGAUGGCGUUGAUGCCGCCGCCCGGCUGCUGCUGCAGGCCACUGCUGGGCAGGGUAGCGGCGGCAUGGCGUCUGCUGGGGGCGGCGGCGGCGGCGCGGGAGGCCACUACACGCACAAGAUGCCGGCGUAUCAGACGUGGCAGGAUUGGGGUGGCGGCAUCGGUGCGGCAGGAAGCAGCGGCAUGCGCAACGCAACACUGCUGGCAGCCGGUGCGGGUACAGCGAUGGCGGGUGGUGGUGCCGGCGGCGGCGGCGGCGGUUCCCUGGGCUCCGCAUCGGACCCCUUGGAAGAGGAGCUUCUCAGCAUUGCAAAGGAGUCGUCUCUGCAACUGAACAUGGAUCAAGACUUCCGCCACGUCCCCGGCGGCGGUGCGGGACCGCGUGCACUUGGUCUGCCGCACCAUCACAAGCAGUUCCUGCUUGGCGGCGGCGGAGCCCCCGACGUUGGUAGCGGUGGACGCAACAUGGACAUUAGCCUUCCGCAGUACCAUUCGUUGCCGCAACUGCUGCCGCAAGUGCAGCAGUUGCAGCAGCUGCAGCAGCAGGGUGGCAGUGGAAGCCGGCGGCCAGACAUCCUCAGCACGUCUGCUGACGGCGGCGGCGGGCGCCUCAUCGUCACCAUUCCUCCUGGAGCUCUGGCGGCGGCGGGCGCCGCUGCUGGCGACUUGAAUUUCCAGGUGUUCACUACAGGAGGCGGCGGCGGCGGCGGCGGCGGCGGUAACGCAGGCGGCAGCGGCGGCCAGCCUGCUGCUACCACGGACCACGCUGAUGCCGCCGGCGGCGCGACCGCCGCCGCUGCCGGCGGCAUGGAUUCUUCUCAGCAGCUGGAUGCGAGCAUGGGCAUCGUGCCGAGGGGAGCGGCUGCUCGCGGCGGCGAGGGUUUGUAUCCACAUCAUCAGCUGUCACACCCGCUGUCGCAGCAACUGCCUCAACACCAAAGGCUGUUGGGCCUGCCCCUGCUGCAGCAGCAGCAGCAGCAGCAGCAGCAGCAGCAGCAGGCCUUUGGCCGUCACAGCGCACCUGCUGCUGGCACAGCAGCAACAGGUGCCGGCGGCUCGUCUUCGGCUGCGCAGCUAGGCUCCCGCUACCUGCUGCAAUCUGGCAGGGGCGCGGCCGCCGACGCACUCAGCGCGGUGCCAGCAGGCAGCAGCACAGCUGGCGGCACGGCAUUGGGGUACCGACAGGGGGCCAUGGGGGGCACCAACGCCCUGCUACAGCAUAUCAAUCCGCUGCAGCAGAUGCAACAGGUGCUUGCAGCUGGUGGCAGUGGCAGUAGUGGUAACUGGCAGCUGCAGCAGGCGGCAGCAGCCGCUGUCGGUCUUGCCGGGGGUGGCGGAGGGAAAGGCAGCGGCAGUCUGCGAGACGCCGCACAGAGCCUCCUAGGCCAAGGCGGCGCGCGUGCGGCCUACUCGCCGCCGGCUGGCAUGUUGGAGCGCCUGAGCAUCAAGCUGCACAACUGCCGGCCCGACCAGCUGCCGCCCGACCUGGCGGAGAGGCUGGUGCAGCUGCUGGCGAGCACAGACGCCAGUGUACAACAGGGCUUCGUGCGGCCUGGCUGCACGAACCUGAUCAUAGACCUCCUGUACGGAGACUGGGAGCGGCUGCUGGCAGGCCUGCUCCUGUCGCCGCCCGGCGCGGCGGGCGCAGCAGGCGGAGACGCAGACGACGGCGGCGCUCGCAGCGGCGUCGGGGCUGCGAGCGCCAGCAGCCCGCAAGCGGCAGCGAGCCACCUGGUGCGCUGUCUGCUCGGCAGCUAUUCUUGCCAGUCGCAGGCGCAGGAAUCUGAGCCCGCGGGGGCGGCAUCCGGCGGCCCGUCGGCGGCGCCAUCGAGUCUCGAGGCGCACGCGGCCCUGGAGGGCCGCAUCCACGUGCAGCUGGGCAAUCAGCUGCUAGUGAUCGACGGCUCGCACGUCCAGCUGCGGCGCCGAGCUGUUAUGGUCCCGGCUGCUGUACCGCCCUGGGUGGACGGCUGCGGCUCUGGCGAGGGCAGCAGCACUGCCAGCUGCCCAGCAGACGGCAGCCGCUUUGUUGAUAGGCAGCGGCGCCGCCCUGCUGCAACAACCUCAUCAGGCCCGCGCUGGGCUAGGAGCAGCAGUAGCGACACGGCUGUGUCCUCUGCUGCCGGCGGCGGCGGCAGGUGCACCGCGUGGUCCGGCCCCGAGCUUGCCGGCGUGGCGCCAAUGGCCGUGGUUGCAGGCCAGCCCUUCACGCUGGAGCUCGCGGGCCGCGGGCUGCAGCUGCCGGGCAGCUGCGUGCACGUGCGCUUCCGCGGCGGCCACCUGGACGCCCUGCCCGAGACCGGCACCAAUGAAAACGCCGGCGACACCACCAGCUGCUGCUCCCUCACCGGCGCCAUGGGCGAUAACGGCGGCCUGCCCAUGACGCUCCUGAUGAGCAGCAGCGCCGCCACGAGCGCCGCCGGUGUAAAGGGCGGCAGCGGUGGUGGCGCCGGCGCCUGCGGCGGCAGCGGAGGCGGCGGCUUCAGCCUGGGCGCCCGCAGCAGCGCCACUGCCAGCACCGCCGCCGACGCCCCGGCCGCCGCCGACUCCGCCGGCCUGUCAGGAACGCCGCCCGCAGCGAAAGGAGCCGCCCCUGUGCUGCCGCAAGCACCUGCCGCCGCCGAUGUCCUACAGCAGCAGCAGCCGCAGCACGCACCGCACUCGCAGCUAGAUAGCCGCCUGCAGUUGCAGCCGCUGCUGAUGGGUUGCCGGCAGCCACACGAUGCCGCCGCUGCUGGCGGUGGCGGUGGCGGCAGGAGUGUCGCGGCCGCGGCGGAGGCCUCGUGCACUUUCCGGCCGCGUCAGGGACCCUCAGCGGCUGCUGCUGCGCCGCCGGCUGCUGUGGCUUCCGAGGGCAUCCCUGCUGCGGCGCCUUCAGCAGUGCCCGCAUCGGCGGCAUCUGCUGCAGGUGCCGUUAGCCCGCAUGCAGUGGAAAGCCCCGUCGGCGGCGUCGUGAUCGGUGCCGCUGCUGUUGCUGUGUCGCUGCCGCCGGCGAUCCUCCCUACUGCUACCGGAUAUGGCAGCGCGGCGGCAACCGUUCGUGCCGCCGCGCUGCCGGAGGGCCCCGCCCUUAUGAGCAAAGGCGGAGGCAGUAGCUGCGUCCGGAUGGCGGCGGGUGCGCGCCAGCAGCAGGUGGUGGGUGAAGGCAAGGUGGCAUCAGCGCACAGGGCCCUCCCCAUCGAUGCUGUGGCGCACGAUGUGGCGAUGGGCGGAGCCGGCACGAUUGCCACCGCCGGCUGUGUCAGCUAUAACGAGGUCGAUGGCGAAACGUUCAGUAGACCUUCCAACAGCGGCGAUGGCUGGCUAUCGCUGCAGCACCGCGGCGGCCGGCUCGGCGCCGCUGGCGAGCUCAGCAGGAGCGGUGGCGGAAGCCAGCGAAGCAGCAGCGGCGCCGAGGCGGCCUCCCUGCAGGGCAGUGCUUCUGCGCCGCCGCCACUCUGCGGCGGCAAGGCCACAGCGGCGCUGCUGCCAAGCAAGCACAGCAGCCUCGGCCUCAUCAGUCGUGGCAGGAGCAGCAGUGCGCGCGAGCUGAUGCGCACAGCAACAACCGGUGGCGGCAGGUGCACAGGCACUGCUGCUGCUGGCGGCAUGCAGCUGCCAGUAUCGCCCACGGCCGCCGCGCCGGACGGCGGAGCGCGAGGGCUGCUGCUGCUGGGCGAGGGCGAGGUGCCACCGCUGUCGGCAUCACUUCUGCGGCCGCGGGCAGGCCUUGUAGGCCGGAUGCUGGCGCCUCAUAUUCAUCAGGCAGGUGGCGGCGGCGGCGGCGGCGGCGGUGGUGUGCCUGGCGUGGCGCGCAGCAUGGCGGCUCUGGGUGUGGACGACACGAUGAACGACAUCCUGCAGGUGGGCACACUCCUGGCGCCGUCUCCCCGCCGGGGUCGUCGCACGUUCGUUGCAGCAGGCUCGGCAGAUGGCGGCGGUGCUGUGGCGGCGGCGGUGGCUGGAGCGCGCGUGUUGAUGCCGCACAGCAGCGGCGGCCGCGGUGGCGGCUGCGAGGCCAGCUCUCAGCGGGAGUGGGGCAGCGGCGACGGGCUGACAGCGGCGGAGAGCAGGGGCGCAGGAAGCGCAACGUCGCUGGCCAAUCCGGCCGAUAAUGAUGACGGCGGCAGCAGGGGCUGCUUCAUGCCUUGGCCGGCAGCUGCAGCCAGCAUCGGCGGCGGCAGUGACUAUUGCCGUAGCCUCACAGGCCUGCCGCCCACCAUGGCGGCUGCGGCCGACGUCCAGACGACCGCAUUUGCCCACGCUGUGGCUCUCCGGAGGAACACGUGCGACGCGGCUGGCGGCGCUGGCGACAGGGCGACAGCGGCGCAACUGCCCGCCGAGCAGCCGCCGCGGCAGCACCCACUGACCAGCUACCAGCAGUGGCUGCUGGAACAACAGGCGGCGGCUGGCGGAGCAGUCGUGCUGCCAGAGACCGCUGCGAAUGGUGACGGAAGCACCGCGGCUGCGGGUGUCAUCAGUCGGACGUUGGUGUUUGCUCGUGCAGCUGGCAGCCGCAGCAGUAGCGCUGUCGCUGUCGCUGUCGCUAGCGCCGCCGCGGCAACCGCCGCCGGCUCCCCUGCAUGCUCACAAACAUCAGUGAGUCCUAGCUGCUUUUCAACCUGCGCAGAGGAGCAGCAGCCCGCUCAACUUCUGCCAGAAUACUACUCCCUGCAGCAACCGGCGGGGAACGUGCAUCUGCAGCACCAACACCAGAGUCCGGAUGACGAGGUUUUGGUGCUGUUUGUGGAACCAGCAGAAAAGCCAGGCCUUGCAAUGGUGGAGGUCGAAUCAGCACGGGCGGCUCCAUCCGCUACGCCGGCUGCAGCUGUGACCCACAGCGGCGGUCCCGCUGGCCGCAGCAGCAGCAGGGGCCACAAUCCCCGCGACGGGAUUGCGGCGGCGGUGGCAGCGGCUGCACGCGGCAGCAACGCCAGCAGCAAUGGCAGCGAUGGCAGCAGCGCGAGGGGUCUGCAGGGCGCGGUGGCCGGCGGCGAAAUGACCGCCGGCGUACUGAGCGAUUGGUGGCCGGUGGUGGUGGUGCCGGAGGCGGCGGCGCAGGCAGCGGCGGAGUUAAACCACAUGCUUGCCGAGCAAGGCGAGGAAUGGGUCCGUCAUGUGGUGGUGGACCUAGGUCUAGUCUUGGAAGCGCUCGAUCCAGAUUCUGAUGCGGAGCCGGAGCCGGAGCCUGCGGAACUAUAUUCAUCUUACCGCACGCCUGCCACUGCGGCGUCAGGCCCUGAGCCUUCCCUGCCUGAGAGCCGCGCCGCCGCCGCCAGCGGCACAGUAGCGGAGCACGGCCUCAAGCAAGAUACGAGCCCCAGCAGCGGCGGCUGCAUCGCCAGCGGCUGGCAGCAGCAGCAGCAGCAGCAGCAGCAGCGGCACGACACAGAGUCGCCGGAGCACCCAGCAGCAGCCGCAGUGGCCGCUGCAGUCCCAACCACAGCUGCGGUAGCUGCUGCGGACCAAGUGCCCGCAGCAGGCCCAGCAGACAGCUGGUGUGCGGGAGAGCCUCUGCCGAGUCUGGUGGUCGGCGGGCUGCGGGAGCAGCAGCUGCUGCUGCCUGCUGCGUGCCCGGGGUUGCGGACGCUGGAUCAGGUCACAGAUCUGGAGUCCCUCCGCGCGCCAUUGCCAGCGGCUGCAGCCGCAGCGGCAGCCUGCCGUAUCAGCAACAAAGAGGCCGCAGCAGGCAGCGAGGGAGAGGUCCCGCUCUUGUUUGCUGAUGAUGUUGCCGCCGCAACGGGCAGUGCCAGCACCGGGCGCUGCGCCCUGAAAGUGGAAGGCCCGACAAUCAUUGGCGGCGGUGGCGGCGGCGGCGACAAUGCGGUGUCAUCAGGGGAGGAGGUGGUGGCGGCGGACCCCCAGCAGCAGGUGCAGCUGUCUGACCCGGGCGUCGGUACCCGCAAGCUCGGUGCGACCGUGGCGGCGCGCGCGGCUGCAGCGCUGCCGUCAUCCAAGUCGGCGAUCCGGCCCCACCAGGAGCAGCAGCAGCUGGAGUGCCUAACGCUGCUGCAGCAGCAGCAAACCAUAGAGCCGGCUUCCGGGCAGCAGCAGGCAGCGCAGAGGCUGCUACAGCCGCCGGCAGUGUCGGCCCAGCCUUCCACCUCCACAACGGGCGCGCUGCUCGGGGGCUGGCCGGCCGGCGGCUGCGGCGGCUCGGAACGCUUUGAGCAUUCUUCGUCCUUGCCCACGAGUGUCUUGCUCGGCGACCUCACUGCCACAGAGGCCGCAGCAUUCAUGGGCUUCACUGCUGCGAGCACCGAGCUGAAAGGCGUCGCUGGCGCCAUCAGCGGUGGAUGGCCCCCUGCAGCAUUGCUGUGUCCCGUCACUGCUGGCACCAACACCAGCCGCCGCUCCACGGCGGCCACCGCCGCCGGCGGUACGCAUGCUGCCGCCGUGCUGCUGGGGAUUGCCACGUCCUCCGCAUCCGCCGCCGCAUCCGCCGCCGGCGGCAUAGCAGAUGAGCUUACGUCCGCAUCAGGCCCUGCUGCUGCCCAGCUGUCAGCGGGCCUGUUGGCCGGCAGCGUGACGGCUGUGGAGGCGCGGCAGCAGCAGCAACAGCAGCAGCAACAACCAUUAAAGCAUGGCCUGCUGCCGUGUGGAGCCACGGUGGCGGCGGCUGAGGCAGCUGCAGCCGCGCCUGCUGCGGCAGGCAGCGGCGGCUGCAGCAGUGACGCCGCCACCGACCCCACCGUCAGGCUGCGGCAGCAGAGGCGGCAGCAGCGAGAGCAGUUGCGGCAGCGUGCCGACGCGCUUCUUGCCUUCUUUGCCGACAGGGGCUACCCACAUUGCGCCGGUCUUGUCCUAGCGUACCUGCUGCGGCGGGACGGCGUCAACCCGCAGCUCGCUGACGCAGUGGCCGGCUUCGCCUCACCGCUGGUGCCGCGUGACUGGCGCGGCGUUGCUGCUGCUGGUACUGCUGAGCCCGCCGCUGCGGCCGCCGCGGAACCUACAUCGCCGCCGUCAUCAGCAGAGCAAUCGACAGCGUCAAGCCUCGCUCAAUGCGCGGCAGUCGCAGGACCCGGAGCCAAGGAGCAGCUGCGCAGCAGGGGGGAGCGACAAGAGGCUCAGGAGGGGAAGGAGGUGGACGUGUUAUCCGGGGCUUUUGCCCGGCUGUGUGCGCGCCUGCGGCUGCGGGCCGGCGGCGUGGGGCUGCUGCACCACGCGGUGCGGUCCGGCAGCCUGCAGCUCGUGGAGUGGGUGCUGGGAGCCAGCCGGGCAGCCGGAGCGCCCUUGGAUGCGAUGGAGCCUGCAGGCCCGGCCGGCGUCAUGCCGGUCCACCUGGCAGCGCUGCUUCCUGACGGCGACGCCUCAGCCUCCAUUCUUAAGUCACUGAUGCAACACACAUCUGCGGCUGUGGCGUCAGCUACUGUCUCAGCCACCGCCGUCGCUCUGCAGGCUUCUGAGCAGCAGCAGGAGUACCAGCAUGCGGGCAGCGGGCACACGCAGCAGGCGAGUCCGCAGCAGCGAGGCACGCAGCCUUCAGCUGCUGAUGAGGAGCAGCCGGAGCAGCAGCAGCAAACGCACAGCCUGCAACAGGUGCCCGCCGACGCCCACAUGCAGUCACAGCAACGGCAGGAGCAGAGGGUGCGCCUAGAGCAGCUGCUAUCUGUCGGCAGGCCGCCUUUGCGCGACAGCUUCCUGACGGCCGCUGCCGCAGCCCGCGGCACACCCACCAGCAGCGCGGGCAACAGCAGCAACGGCAGCCGCCGCAGCGGCAGCGGCGGUCGUGCUCUGUGCCUACGUGCAAUGUCGAUGCAGCAACCUCCACACGUUGCGUCUGGCUCUGCCGGCGCCGCGACCGUUGCUCGCCUGGGCGCCGAGCUCGAGCGCUUGACGUCCGCCGCAAGCCCUGCUGCCGCCGCCUCGCCGCCUGCCAAGGCGUCGGGCGCUGACGCGGUCAGCAGCCGUGGCGACAGCUGCGCAACCGCACCAGCUGCUGCGGCGGCGGCAGCGGCAGGACGGUCUGCUGCCCUACUGGCGGCUGCAAUGGAGUCCGCCAGCGGCGGCGGCGGUGGCCGCAGCAGGGGUGCUCGCGCGGCCGGCAGUCGCGGCAUCAGGUGCAGCGCUGCGCAGCAGCCGGCGGCUUCAGUGCGCCCCGCUGCUGCAACCCCGCACCUCCAUGCCAACGCCGUGGAUGACACGGCCGUUGCCGCCGCCGCCACCCGCCAGCAGCGUACGCCUGCUGCUGGGAGCCCGGUCACCGCCGCCGUCGCUUCCAGCGGUGUAGGCCUCAGCCGCCGCGUGGGCGGCGCAGAAGCGUGUGACGCCCCGACGCGCGGCGGAGUAGAUAAUAAUAAGGAUGCCGCAGCAGCAGCUGAUCAGGAUGGGCACGCAGCAACGCCAGCAGCAGCAGCAGCUGCAGCCGACAGCGCACGUGGGCUUCGCGUGGGUGGUAGAGCCCCAGCAGUCCGCAGGCUUGACUGCUGGCUUCUGCCGGCGGUUGCCGUCAUGGUGCUGGGCUUGCUCGUUACAGCCGCGGGUGGCGCCGGCGGGUUGAGCCAGGGUACAGCUGCUCUAACUGGUUUGGAGCUGCUGGCGGCCAUGGCAUCAAUGCUGGCGUAAACAAACAAAGCAGGCGUACGCCAAGAGCUGCAGAAGGAAGGAGGAUCUGCAGAAAGCACACGGGCUGGUUGUGCGCAAUGUCAGCACGCAGAGGUCAGUUAUGGCUUGACCUGCUGGCUGCUGGCUAGCCAGCAGUUGUGCACAGCUGCUUGCCAUGGGAAAGUAUGUUACAUUGUAUGUUGCGGUCCUGAUGGGGCUGCCGCUGAUUUAGCCGGUCACACAGCGGAAGUGUGGACGUUAGUUUGGUUACAAUGCAUGGGCCGGAGAGCGAGAUGCCUUGUGUGUGUGUAUCUGGGCAAUGGAGAGAGGCUGCGUUGGUUUAAAAAUGGGGCCGGAUGGGAUCGGAGGUGAAAUGUAGCACGGUGCAAUCAACGUACGUCUACUUCGCCGAACUGGCGGAACGGGGACAUCCCACAUGCCACCUCAGCACGCUACAUCACGCAUGCACCCCACACCUCUACAUUUGCAGUCACGCAUGAGACCUUCCGGCGGCGGCAGAUGGCACAAGGCGGCGGCGGUGGUUGUGUGCAUGCUCAAGUACUAAGAGCUCCAAGCAUGGCGGCAGUGAAUGCAUUAUGCCCCGUAUGUUUUACUCUAUCUUACAUCUGGAUGCUGGCAGAUCAAUCUCGCUCGGUUAGUUGUUGACAUGCGUGUGGCCACGCACGAAGGUGUGACCAAUCGUCAUCCGAUCCUGCGUUCACGUUCAAUAAGCCCAAAACAAAUGCCUGUGCAACAUGCAAUCUCUGUCGCUUCAGCAGCAUGGAUGGUCUGCGAGGUAGGCUGGGUUGCCCUUUGCAUGGAAGCCGGGAGGUGCGUGGAUGGCAAUGCAAGAGGCUGCGCGGCCAUCUAGUCCGCUUUUAGUUAGUUGCUGAUUAGGUUAAGCUUGCAUGCGGUCCUUCAACGUCAUGGGCAUACCACCUCGCACAAGGCAUGGCCUGUGGGGGAUUCAUUGCAAGAACAUGUUCAAUGCAAACAUAACCGUGGGAGUGAGUUCAAGUACCGUACCUUAUGAUGGGGCCACAAACGUGGUCAAUGUGAAGCCCAAAGAGAAGCAAUGCAUGCCAGCCAUGAGCACCAGGGCCGCUCGGUCUCAUCUUACUAUAUGCAUCUAUGCAAGCGUAUCCGUUCUGCAUGUACGCCGCGUUUGGGCGGAAAGGUUGCCGUCGAGGUAGUCGAAGGCUUAUGGCUGGUUGAUUGGGUCUCAUGCUUACUUGGCACAGUAACUUGGCUGGCAGCCGUGCACACGUUGAGCUCACCUGUUGAGCUCACGGUGUUGCGAUGCAAUACGUACGAUAGAUGGAUUCAGUGCACUCUGUUGUCCAGCCAUACGCCCAUGCAUGGGCCAAGUGAACCGUCAGCGGUGCGACGCCCCCAGCACUUGGUGGCACGAAGUAAUAAUAAGGUAGGAGGGUUAUGUAUGCCCAAGACUGUCCGUACUGUGUACGUGCACGUGUCUACCCAUUCCAUAGUCGCAGUUCUGCUGAAGUAUAAAACAGUGAGGCUAAUUCGCGCGCGGCGGUGGCACUCCCAUUUGUACGUAGUUGCCACGAGCGCCGUGCGUAACAGGAGUGUCGACUUGUGUGCUGCUGUUUCGCGAUAUGUGUGGACGGUAGUCGCAGACGGUGCACGAACUGUAAGUACGCAUGGAUGUGCGGGCUCAAGACAAUUACGGUAAGAGCAUGCCAAGCAAGCCGCAAAUGCUGGGCGAUGGCGCAAGCGCGCAACGUUUCCACGUGUACAUGGCAAAGUUGAAAUAGCGACGCGCACCCAAGCAAGUGUGUCUGAGUUGAAGCGUGCACGGGCAGUGCGAUAUGUGUGUCAUAAGUGUGCGUCAGAUGGGGCUCGUACGUGACGUUAGCGGGGCGCGGAGGCGCGGAGGCGCAAGCGUGUGCUGCUGCAAUUCUCAUUUGCGCGGGGCCUUGUGCAUUUGCUCGCAUGCUCAAUUGAAUGUAUGUUCAGGCGCGAUGAUUAGCUACGACGUUUGACAGCGGCGGCGGAACAAGGCUACCGCGCGCGCACAUCGCGUAACAUCCGAACACCUUCCCAUAUGAUUACCGGUAUGCGCUUCUGCCGCCCUGGAGAAACACCGUCGCGGGACUUGGAUGUUGGGCAUAAGUGGCUGUGGAAGGAUGCCGGCAUACAUAGCCAUAAAGUAAAUUUAGAUAUACGCGUUGUUAGGGCGUACGGGCGUGUGGCUGCGCCUGUUUCUGGUGCAAGUGCUAUUCUUGGCUCAGGUCCGCUGCGGACUGCAAGUAAGCUGCAAUUGGUGAUGGUGUUGUUGCGAACAUAAAGGAGAGGGCACACGGGUCACAGGCAUCUUGCAAGCCACCCUCGCCGGCGGACUGUCACCCGCUGUCACUGCCCAGAGGAACCGGGCGAAUAAGGGAUGUGAGGAUGUCAUACCGCAUGCAUGUGUGAACAACAGGAGACUGUUUGAGUGUAACGGGAUGGAGAUGGAGUGCAGAGAACGCGGCGGUGAAGAGCGAAGUGGCUUGGUGGGGCGCAGGGCGGGGCCCUAGUGAGGGGCACGUCUACUAGAAAGGGCAAUCUCGUUGGAAAUAGGGUGCUUUGCAGCUUUGCGGGGGCGGUGCUGCCCUGGUGCUUUGUGCGUGUGCGUGUCGGCCGUGCGGGCGUGCGGCUCCCAUGUGUGCCGCUACAUGCGCGGCCUCUAACUGCUGCAAGUUGUGCAGGGCGGCCGAAGGGAAGGAGGUCCAGAAUCUUUGACGGGCAUGUAAAUUUGCUCGUUGUUGGUUUGGUCGUUUUGACGAGCGAGCGAGUUGCAUGCAACGCUUUGUAGGGAUCACAGAAGGAGGGCUGCUGGCUUUGUCAGGGCAUCCCUCUGCCCAAGU